UUGAUGUGUCCACCUUCUGCUGGCCUAAACAAUUACAUGGUUAUCAAAAUAGUUAGGGUGACCCACAUUCCCACCACAUGCAAAUUCUUAAAAAUGUUCUCAUCUUAUGCCCGUUUCUAUUUGCAGCGUCCUCUAUAUAUAACAAGAGGAGGAAGAGUCACAGUCCCACUUCAAACCUCAUUUCAAAGAUUUGAGUGUAGUUUCACCAAUCAGAAAGCCCACCAAAAGAGAAACGAGAGGAGGACCCCAAAAAAAAAUGGCAAACUCAUCGUUCAUGGAGGGUGUGCAUCUUCCUCUUAGGUCGAUUAGCUUGCCCUCAAGGCUACCUUCGAACUCUCUCAAAAUCGUAGCUGAAUUAUCCAAGUUGAAAGCCUCGGAGUCUUCCCUUAGAGCCAAAACCAUCCGAGUGAACAUGGCGAGGCUCGCCGAGCUGUAUGUCAGCAUCGAAGAGCUCAUUGGCUCUCCCCUCACCCAACAAGCUAUUCUUCGAGACCGAAAUGGUAAAGCGAUGCAGAAGGCGCUCGACGAGUCGAUUAUGUCAUUAGACACUUGCUGGUUUGCGAGAGACUUGAUGGCGAGGAUGAAAGAUGAAGUCCAAGAUCUAUGGUCCGCGAUUCGAAGAAAGGGCGGAAUAAAUUCGAGCAUUGAAAGCCAUGCUAAGGGUUUCAUGAGUUUUAGAAAGAAAGCCAAGAGGGAUAUAGCGAAAUAUCUAGUUCAAUUCAAGACCCUGGAAGGCAAAAACACUAAUAACUCAUCAAAGUUUCUAAAUUCAGACAACCAUAUAGUCAUGGUGGUCGAAGUCUUGAAAGAAAUAAACCUCAUCACCAUUUCAAUCUUGAAGUCCCUCUUGAUCUUUGCCUCUCCUACAAAGACCGGUGGCUGGUCAUUGGCUUCAAGGUUGAUGCUCUCAAGCGAGAAAGGCGUGAAGAAAGUCUUGAAUGAAGUGGAGAGAGUGGACUCUACCGUGAGCUCCAUCCGUGAGCAAGCAACUCGGAAAGCAGACGCUGGGUCCGAAGCUCUAAAGGUGGCGCAAGAGAGGCUCGAGACGCUCGAACAUUGCAUGGAAGGGCUUGAAGAUGGAGUCGAUCGACUCUACAAACGCUUGAUUCGAAUUCGAGCGUCUCUUCUCAAUGCAUCAACUGCUCCUUGAGGAUGUGAAAGCUUUGUGUCUUCCUAAUGUUCCCGGCAUCCAAAUUUUGAAGGACCGUCUAGAACCUAAGUUUUGUACUGCAGUUUCGUGUAAAGAUUUCAUUGUUAUCGAUUGAAUCACUACCAACAUUGUUCAUUAUUCUUUGUACUUAA